AACUUCUGUCUCUUGUUGAAAGCAGGGCGUGAAUUUCUCAAACCCACCAUCUGGGUGAGCCCCAGCAGGGUGGUGGCGCUCGGGGGAAGCAUCACCAUCCGCUGUGAGGGUCAGGACCCGGGCAUGGAGUUCAUUCUGCAUAAACCUGGACACCCGAACCUGCAGGUGCCGACGGUGCCUAAUGGGACCGUGGCUGAAUUUCCCAUCCCCAGUGUCAGCUGGGAAGAUGGAGGGAGCUACACCUGCGACUAUCGCUCCAUAACGGAACCGAGUCACUCAUCGUAUCUCAGCGACCCCGUCGAGAUCAUUGUAGGAGAGCCCAGCUACCCCAAACCCAACAUCUCCCUGAGCCCCAGUGGGGGGGUCUCCCUGGGGGGAGCCGUGAGUGUCUGGUGUCGGGUCCAGCGCUGGGGCAUGCGGUUCGUGCUGAAUAAAGAGGGACGUCAUUUCCCACCUGUGGAUUCGGACGGGUUUGGGGCUGUGUUUCCCAUCAGCAACGUGAGCCGGGAGGACGGCGGGAGCUACAGCUGCUCCUAUCACAGCAAAUCGAAGCCAUUCACCGUGUCGUACCCCAGCGACCCCAUGGAGCUGGUGGUGAGAGGGGGAACCGACUCGGCCCAGCCUGGAGCAGCACCAGCUCCCACCCUCCCGGGCAGCGCGGGGCCAGGUGAAUCAAAACCACUGGCUCUGACUUGGCCCAUCACCGCUGGGGUGAGCACAGCGGCCGCCAUCCUCCUCUUCGUCCUCGUGGCCUUCGUCUGCUUCAGAAAAACCCGAGCCAGAAAAGGAACCGCACCGAGACUGAGCAGCACCAGCCCCUUGGGGGUGUUGAAGGCCCCGGAUCAGCAAGACUCCAUCUACUCCUCCAUCGAUGACGAGAAAGAGCUGCAGACCCUGGAGCCCGACCCCGGUACUGACGGACUCACCUACGCCGAGCUGGACAACCAGGUGCUGCAGGCCAAGCGGGGGGGCCAGCCCCCUGCCUCGGAGCCAGCCCAGGCCAGCAUGUAUGCCGCGAUCAACGUGAACUGGGGGGCCCCGCGGUGAGAGUCCCCGGCAGUCGUGGGGUGCCGGCCCACAGGGUGCGACAGACUCAUUGACUCACAGACUUUAAGGCCAGAAGGGUCCAUCCUGAUCAUCUGGUCUGAGCUGCUGCACAUCGCAGGCCACAGAUCCUCACCCACCCCCUCCUGUAGCAGACCCCCAGCGUCCUGCUGAGUCACUGACGGCCUCAAAUCAUGGGUUAGAGACUUUAAGUUACAGAGAAUCCACCAUUGACAUUAGUUUAAACCUGCCAGUGCUCCGCGUCCCAGGCUGCAGACGAAGGUAAAACCCCCCCAGGGUCUCUGCCAAUCUGACCUGGGGCAGGGAAAUUCCUUCCUGACCCCAGAUACGGCCACCAGUUAGACCCUGAGCACGUGGGCAGGACCCACCAGCCAGACACCUGGGGGUGGAUUCUCUGUAGUAACUCAGAGCCCUCCCCAGCGAGUGUCCCGUCUCCGGCCGUUGGAGAGAUUUGCUGCUAGCAGUCGCGGAUCGGCUCCAUGCCAUUGUGGGAUCUCUCCUCAUCCCGUCCCCUCCAGAAACGUCUCACGCUCAGUCUUGAAACCCGUUAGGUCUCUUGGGAGGCUGCUCCAGAGCUUCGCUCCUCUGACGGUUGGGCCUUGUCUACACCACAGAGUGUUGUCGACAAAAAGCGCCAUGACAACCUCGCUAUUGCACGUUCACACUGCGCUUCCUCUGCCGGCAGAGCGCGUCCACGUUUGGUGCUCCAGCGUCGACAGCGAGAGCAGUGCAUUGUGGGUAGCUAUCCCACCGUGCGACUCGGCACCUUCUGCAGCUAGGACUGGUGGGAAGGCGGGGGGGGGAUCGCAGCGUGUCAUGGGGGCAGGCUCAGUGUUCCGCGGUGCGUUAUUUUCUGUCCCAGCAUCCCCUGCUGGUCCGACUGCGUUUCGCAGCAUUUUCCAACGGUCCCUGUUUCCGGUGCACCCACCAUCCUUGUGCGAAAGGAUGGAUCCCGCCCGUCUCUCUGCUGCUGUGAACGCAGAGCGGCUGGCCAGGCUGUAAGUCCUGAGCUCCCAGUCUGAACAGGAACCAGAGCUGCCUGAGCUGCUGUGUGCCAUGGAAAGAAACAACACCAGCUUCCUCCUGGCAUUCAGGGAGCGGCUGCACACGGUGGAGCGUCGCUUUGGGGCUCGGGAAACAAGCGCUGAGUGGUGGGAUCACAUUGUUAUGCAGGUCUGGGAUAAGCGACGUGUGUGUGGGGGGCACGCGGGGUCACAUGGCCCCCCACAGAUUUCUGCCGGGGUGCGAGUUGGCCUGUGCAUGGGAAAGGCACCAGCAGCGAUGCUCCCGCUGAGACCCACUAGGCAUCGCCCAGAGCCGGGAAGUGAGGCCGGGCUGGCAGCGCAGCUCUCUGCCAGAGGGGGCACAGGGAAGCCGGCUGAGUUCCCCCACUUCCUCGCCCGGCAGCUGCAUGGCCCCCAUGAGAAUAACUCCUCUUCACGGGUGACACGGGUCUGGUGAACUGAGUAUUAGUCCAGCAGGGAAAUGUAUGUACCUGCUCGAGUGCUGGUCUGGAGUAGCCUGCCUGGAUGUGCAGAAGGGAGCUCAGGGAGUCGGGGCACUGGGGGGGGGGAGGC